AUGAGCACAGGACAAGAGACACAAGCUGCCUUCUUCCAGGGAAACCAAAGCACAGUGGAACAAGAUGCUUCCCAAUCUGCACUCUUCUACCUGUUCCAGGAACAUUGUUCCUCUAAAUCCACAUGGAGAACCAAGACUCGCAGAAAACAACCUAAUCCAAGCCGUAGUGCUGAUAUCCUAGACCCAGACUUCCAAGGAGUGACAUUCAGGAUGGACACAGAGUUGGACGACAAUAAGGAACAGUGUCAGCUCCUCAUAACCGCAAAGUACAGCAAGGAGCUCUACAAGAGUGUAAGAAAACCAAGGCUGAGGACGCGAACAUCUCAGAGAUCCUUUAAAACAAGCAGCUCGGAUGAGGAGGGUGACCUGACAAACACUGUUUCAAAGGAAAAAAUGUGUGCAUCAUGCUGCACCAGGAAGACCCCUAUGUGGAGAGAUGCAGAGGAUGGGACCCCUCUCUGUAAUGCCUGUGGAAUAAGGUAUAAGAAGUACAGAGUGCGCUGUGUCAACUGCUGGCAUAUCCCCAGGAAAGAGGGCAACUCCAACUCAUGCUGCCUCAAGUGUGGAAACUUGGUGAGGCUGACCUCAGCUCAGCGGAAACACACCACCUAA